UGGACGGGCGUUGAGAAACUUUAUAUGAAGUAUGCGUUUAUUAUACUGCGGGCUCAAGAACAAACGUUGUCGUGACGUUUUGAGAGAACUGAGUUGUUUAAAAGGAAAUUGGUCGUUUUGUACGCUGUUUUGGACGCUUUUGGAUCGUGAAAACUUGUUAUUAUUGUCGAUUUUGUAUUGCUCUGUUGGCUGGCUUGAAUCAAGAAGAUUUGACUGUUUUUUGAACGGUAAAAAUGAGCAUAAUUUGACUGAUUUAUUUCCGUAUAUGUGACGGUCGUAAUAUUUUAACUUAGACAGUCUCAGUUUAUUCAUUUAUGUAUUGUGUAAGGUUAAUAGGUAUGUUUUAGUAUUUCUGUAUUAUUUCGCUUUGUAAGUUUAUGAAUAUUUGUCUUUUUAGCGUGAAAAAUAAAACCGUUCGUUAUUGUGAGUGGUGUGUACUUUACGUAACAUUUAAUAUACAGUCCCCAAAUACAAGUAUUGAAGGCGCGUGGGUUGGUCGUCAACAAACAUUGAAACGAGGCCCAUAGGCGUGAACAUUUUGGUCCUUCGAGCCGGAUCAGAGCAAAACUAGACAGAACUGAGAAACUGUGGGACAUAAUUUUGGAAUAAAAUAAUGUCUGUAGCCGAAAAUACAAGAUCACGAAAGGAUAAAAGAUCUCAAAAGGAUGACAUAGAUCAUGAGGAAGUCCCAGAAACAAGCCAAAUCCCUCAAGCCGAUCAGAACAUUGAGAAGGUAGACAGUUCAAGACAUGUUAGAGAAGACCCAUCAACCCCCCUCUCCAAAGCAAUCAAAGGCAUUCGCUUCAAGAGACGUGUUGCAAUAGGGAUGAUCACCAGAUAUAUUAAUGCGACCAACAAAAUGAUGGAAGAAAAACGUAGUCGGACUGCUAUAAAGAGAAAUCUACAUGACAUCCAAACUAAAUUUAAAGAAGUAGUAGCCUACAAUGACCAGCUCGAAAAGUAUCUUGAAGGGGAUGAAGAAAUACUCGCGGACAUGUAUAUCCUCACUGACUUAACAGUCGACGUAAAUUGCAUAACUGGCAUGGUACAGGAACAUCUACAAGACCGAACCGGUGAGACCUCGACAUACAUUGGUUCAGAGACUAGUUCACAGCACAGUAGUCCACCCCCCGAGCCCCAAGUGGAAGGUGAUGAUCAAGAUGAAACUGACAAGCAGAAACUGGAAGAACUUGAAGCUGAACAGAAGAGAAAAGAUGAAGCAGCCUACCUAUCAGAAUUAGCCCAGCAGAAAAGAACCGAAGCUGCUCAACUCGAAUUAGAAGCAGAGGAAGCUGAAAGACAGUCAGAAGCCAUUGGAGGUGGGUGUAACCAGUCCGGACAAAAACUGCCUGUAAACCUGCCAACACAACCAGAGAUAUGCGGUAAAGAAAAGGCUGCACUUUAUGUACAACACCUCGAACAAGUCCAGACACAGGGAGCCCAAUCUGAAAAUGCCAGUGAAGAAGAUUGGAUUGUUGGAUUUCGAAAGACACUGAAAGUUAAUGUUCGAUCAGUGGACCCUGGAAAAAUCCCCGUAAGAGCAGAUGUGCCUAUUUAUAAUGGCGAUCCAUUGAAGUGGUUGUCCUGGAGUGGUCUCUUCAAAGCGCUUGUACACAAUACGAAGAUGACCUCGGAAGCCAAGAUGGGAUUCCUUCACACAAAGCUUUCUAAAGAAUGUGACCAAGUGAUUGCAGGUCUGUUCCCAGAUGACGAAGGAUAUGCCGAAGCCCUAAUGCUAUUACGGGAUAGAUAUGGUCAUCCAACUACGCUACAAGCAGCUCAUCUACAAGUAUUGAAAUCGCUACCUGCUGUCGAUCCUGGAGACCCGGACAGUUUAGCAAUUAGUUUCCAGACCUUCGUUGAUCAAGCGAGAAGUCACCUUGCUGUACUAAAACGAUAUAGUAUGGGAGAAUCUCCAUUUGUGUCGUCUCUUAUUUAUGAACUGACUGAUAAGUUACCACAGGAGGAUGCAAAGGCCUGGCGGACAAAAGUUGGUGAAGGUCAAGUGAAGAUGACGCUAGAAGCAUUCAGCACAUGGUUGGGAGCAAGAGGAAGGUGUUACUGGAGUGCGUUGCCCCCACAAAAUACUCGAAGAAAAGAAAAUCGUAACAACCGAAAUCGUCCCAGAAGAUCUUUAUUUGGCCAGCAUAUUGCCAAAUGCGUGAAAUGUGAUGGCAAGCAUAGGACGGAGAACUGUACAAAGUUCAAAGAGUUGUCAACGGAAGACCGUUUCAACUUUGUGAAAGAGAAACGGCUCUGUUUUGGUUGCUUAGAAGAAUCUCAUAUUUCUCGAAAUUGUACACAGAAAAAGGAAUGCGGCAUCGGGAACUGCAAAAGGAAACAUCACCCGUUAUUACACCAAGAAGAGAAUGUGCGUUCAACCACCACCAAGACACCACAGUCCGGUGUAGCGUUUGGAGUUGUUGAAGUUUCCGUCGUUGGUGCUGGCGGCAUUCAAGUGAAAGGAAACCUUUUGUUUGAUGAUGGUUCUGACACUACGCUGGUCACAGAAUCUUUUGUGCGAAAGCUGGGAUUGCGGGGAAAGAAGACCACGCUCAACAUUUCGGGUGUUGGAGGAAAAGAAAGCAAAAGAACGUCUUCUCAAGUGAACCUCCAUGUUAAAACACCACAAGGCAAUGCUGAAUAUGUUAAUCUCACAGCCUGGAGCCUUCCAAAGAUCUGUCAGCCAGUUGGAACUGUUCAAUGGCCUGAUAUCAAAAGAAAGUGGAAGCACCUGGAAAAUGUUAACUUGAAAGCUGUUGGUGGUGAAAUUGAUAUCCUUCUUGGUCUUGAUCAUGCAGAUUUGUUGAUACCGUUGGAUGUAAAGAUGGGCAAACCACAAGAAACCGUAGCCAAAAGGACAAGUUUUGGCUGGAUGGCGGUCAGGCUGGUUGGCAAGCCUCGUGGCGACAUCCACAGCUAUCACGUUGCCAGAGCUGAGGCAGAACAACUCGAUGUUGCCUUUAAGCAGUUUUGGGAUAGCGAGUCGUUUGGGACUAAGACAACGAACUUGCCACACUACUCCAAUGAUGAUCAACGAGCCUUGGAUAUACUGGAACACGAGACUAGGAAGUUGGAGACCGGUUACGAGAUCCCCUUGUUACACUGGCCUGUAGGCCAAGUGUCUUAAAUCCCUCUUUUUCUGUUUUUUUCGUAGUCGAGAAAUCGAGUUUGCGUUAGCGCAUCGCAGGCUCAAGGUGCAACGAUUAAGCCAAAAUGCCAUCGAUUCCCUCCGUUCCAUAAUUCAAAUACAAUAGCAACAAAUUACGUAUUUAUGUACGUACUAGCCGACUCAUGCCAUGCUUGUGGUACAUUGUUCGUUUAUUAGCCUAUACACUUGUACGCACGCGCACAAUUCCGAACUGCAAUGGCGGCUUUUCACAGAGUGAUCAAACUAUAUUUUACACAGUUUCGUUGAAUUUUCAAAGAAUUGUGCCGGUUUCCUAUGUAUUUUACGUUGUGUCGUACUCUGGACUUUCUUGCAUGUUGAAUUAAUGUGUUUUUCUUUGUGUAAUGACUCGAAAACCACAAAAUAUAAUAUUUAGUACUCCACGAAAUAUAAUCCGCACGAAAAGAUUUGUGGUAGCUACAGUAUACUGAAAGAUAAAGCGUGCGUUCAAAAUACCAACAAGAACUAGAACCAUUAUUGUAUCAUUUGUAUGGUUCUCAUUUGCUAGACUUGCCACAAGUCGACCUCGAAG